GACUGUCAAACGUGAAAAUGUCAUCGCAUAACCACAGUCAAUAAUCGAAAAAAAUAUUUCUGCGUAGCUGGCAGAAGAAACUCGAACAAGUGAAAAGUAAAUAAAACCACAUCUCUUGAUUUGUGCAAGGAAUAUGUUACUCAUUUGCUACUGUUGAUCGACCCCAGCUGCUGACGACUUUCAAGCUGUUGCAAGACUCGGACAAGAAAGUUGCUUUGCUGGAAUUACCUCGAGGAUGGAUGAUCAGUUGUGGUUGAUAGAGCUCGAGUCAGCUCUUCUGGACGAUUGCACGGUCGAUGACAUAUAUACCAUUUGUCAAGGAAAAGCAAUCCCAGAUGCGUUGAGGCCGGAUGUUUGGCAGGUUUGCCUUGACGUAAGGAAUAAAAUGGACCAGCUGUCCCAGUUCAACGAGAUAUUCGAUUUGCCGUUUCAAGCCACGCUUCGGCAGGAUUGUCAUAAUUUUGUCGAGAAACUGGGAAACGAAGAGGAGGACAAGGUGGCAGUUGUUGCGGAUUUGGAAUCGAUACUUACGUUUUACUGCAAGAAUCGAAGCUUAAUUUAUGACUCUCAAAACGGAUGGGUCGAGUUGUUGCUGCCACUGUUGUCGUUGAAGCUGCCUCGUUCGGAGAUCUACAACAUGUUUGAAUCGAUUCGAGAUACGUACAUCCCGAAGGGUUGCGUUAAAAGCGGAAAUGUGUUCCAUAUCUUUCGUUUGCUACUACAGUAUCACGAUCCGGAACUGUGUUCUAUAUUGGAUACGAAACGAGUAACUCCGGACAUGUAUUCGAUGAGUUGGUUCCAGACGUUGUUUGCCUCGACUUGCACCCUUCCAGUCGUUCUAGCCAUGUGGGAUCUGUAUCUGCAGCAAUCGGAUCCAUUUUUAGUAUUCUUUCUGAGUCUGAUUGUCCUCAUCAAUGGCCGAGAACAAAUUCUUGAAAUGAAGAGUUCUUCCAAAGAUGAAAUGAUAAACUUUCUAGUCAAUAUGCCGUGCAACAUUGAAGCAGAUGAUGUAAUGGACUUUUGCUCGUUGGCACAAUACUAUUCAAUGAAAACACCACUAUCGUUCAAGAGGGACCUGUUGAAAGUACUUUUUGGCGCCCAGAGCAGCGCUUCGGAUCAAAAUAUUGUCUCACAGGCGCUUUGUCUCCCCGUUUCGGUCAACGAAUUAGUCGAGAAUGCUUCCAGUGAAAAUGCCCAUCCGGAUGCGGUUCGAUUUUUCCUGGUCGACUGUCGACCGGCUGAUCAGUAUAAUUCAGGUCAUCUGUCAACGGCUUUUCAUUUGGACAGCAAUCUAAUGUUGCAGGAACCGGUAGCAUUUCAGACUGCCGUUCAGGGUCUACUGCGGUCACAAAAGAAUGCUAUCGAAGCCAAUUCUAAUGCUGGUGGAGAACAUUUGUGCUUCUUGGGUUCCGGUCGGCUUGAGGAAGACCAGUACACACACAUGGUUGUGGCUUCGUUCCUGCAAAAAGGUACCAAAUAUGUUUCUUUGCUCACCGGAGGUUACGAGGCAAUCCACGAAUACUUCGGUGAUAACAUGAUUGAUUGUUUAGAAGAUCACGAUCCACUAAAAUGUCUUGUGUGUAAUCAGGACCAGGCCUCGUACGGAAAACCCUUCAAUAACAACAGCGGUUCUAACGGAAGUUUAAAACGAACAGAAAAUCGUCGAAACAACAAUCACCCCGAACAGGCACCGGAACGAAAACCUACCAUUGACUUAUUCAGCAAAUUGUCUUUAGUUAUGAAAUCGAAAUCUGCUGAAGUGAAAGGAAAACUGUUUGAUUACAUCUCGAAUCCAAAUCCGCCGGCACCGGUAACGGAGAAACACGUCUCCCGAACCGAGCGUAAUGGUAAACGCUAUCGCAACGUUCCUCCAGUAUUCAGUAUUGGCGAAGAUCAGGACGAAGAAGACUUGCCACUAUCGUCAUUGAACGACUCGCCCAGUCCCCAGGCUGGAACGCCAGAAACCCCGGAAGACUUUGUUUCUAUUCAGACAUACUUGAAAGGACCGGAUGUUAUUCGACACUUCAGGUGCCAAGAAGUUCAUCUCAACGGUUACAUGUAUGACAGCUACCUGCUAGUCACUGCAUCACACAUUAUUGUUCUGCGCGAACUAGAUCGCAAGGAUAAAGCUCGAAUCAUAGUCCGACGCCCAUUGCACAGCAUCGUGAAGAUAACGGCCAAAAAGCGGCACAGAGAUUUGAUCACGUUUAAGUACGGUUAUCCGGAAGAAGAAAAUCUUGUCAUCACCGACAUGGACCGAUUUCUGAUCCCAAAUGCGAGUGAGGCGACCGAGUUGAUAUCAAAGCAUAUAAUAAAGCAAACGUAAGCGCGAGCAGCUUCAUUUCCCAGCUUCCGCCGUCCCAAUCCCGAAGCUGCUAAUCUGAACUAAUAGAGCGUACGUACUUCCCGCCCUCGGUUGGUCAACUUGAAAUAACCCCACAAAAAAGCUUAAAUGAAAACAAUUUUAAUAACGGAACGAAAAAGUUCAGAAGACCCAAUCAGUGGACUGUGAAUCCUAAAUUGCUUUCUGGUUUCAAAUGUAAAUUUUAUACUUUUAUUGGUUUUUGACAAUUAACAGUUAUUUCCUGUCUAUCCUUGUAGAAAAUGCCACCCUAACUAGAUUUAUUAAAUAAAGUAUAUGAAAAGUAAAAAUAA